AUGCAAUGUCUACAGCAGGUGUGCCUGCAGCAGCAGCAGCAGCAACAGCAGCAACAGCAACAGCAGCAGCAGCAGCAACAGCAGCAACAGCAACAGCAGCAGCAGCAGCAGCUACGCGACGCCCAAGCAGCCACAGGCCAAAAGCAGUUAUCAUCCCAGACAAGCAGCAGCAGCAGCAGCAGCAAGACCAACAGCAGCAGCAGCACGAACAGCAGCAGCAGCGGGAGCAGCACCAACACCAGCAGCAGCACCAACACCCAGCAGCAGCAGCAGCAGCUACGCGACGCCCAAGCAGCCACAGGCCAAAAGCAGUUAUCAUCCCAGACCAGCAGCAGCAGCAGCAGCAGCAGCAGCAGCAAGACCAACAGCAGCAGCAGCACGAACAGCAGCAGCAGCGGCCGCAGCACCAACACCAGCAGCAGCACCAACAGCAGCAGCAGCAGCAGCACCAACACCAGCACCAACAGCAGCAGCAGCAGCAGCAGCAGCAGCAGCAGCAGCAGCAGCAGCAAGUACCUCAGUACUGGCGCAGGCUAG